AUGGCUCUCCUCCGCUUCACCAUCCUCCUGCUCGCCGUCCUGCUCCUCCACAAUGCCGCCGCCUUGCCGCACCACGGCCCCGCCAAGCACGACUACAGGGACGCUCUCACCAAGUCCAUCCUCUUCUUCGAGGGCCAGAGGUCCGGGAAGCUGCCGCCGUCCCAGCGCGUGUCCUGGCGCAGGGACUCGGGCCUCUCCGACGGCUCUUCUAUCAAGGUUGAUUUGACGGGCGGGUACUACGACGCCGGGGACAACGUCAAGUUCGGGUUCCCGCUGGCAUUCAGCGCGACGAUGCUGGCAUGGAGCGUGCUGGAGUUCGGCGGGAUGAUGAAGGGGGAGCUGCAGCACGCCAGGGACGCCGUCCGCUGGGGCUCCGACUACCUCCUCAAGGCCACCUCCCACCCCGACACCGUCUACGUCCAGGUUGGGGACGCGAGCAAGGACCACGCAUGCUGGGAGCGGCCGGAGGACAUGGACACGGCGAGGACCGUGUACAAGGUCGACCCGAGCACCCCCGGCUCCGACGUCGCCGCCGAGACCGCCGCCGCUCUCGCCGCGGCUUCCCUCGUCUUCCGCAAGUCCGACCCGGUCUACUCCAGCCGCCUCGUCGCCAGGGCCAAGCGGGUGUUCGAGUUUGCUGACAAGCACAGGGGCACAUACAGCACCAAGCUCUCGGCAUACGUCUGCCCAUACUACUGCUCCUAUUCAGGAUACCAGGAUGAGCUGCUAUGGGGCGCCGCAUGGCUGCACAGGGCCACCAAGAACCCAACCUACCUCAACUACAUCAAGCUGAACGGCCAGAUCCUCGGCGCCGACGAGCAGGACAACACCUUUGGCUGGGACAACAAGCACGCUGGAGCAAGAAUCCUCAUCUCCAAGUCCUUCUUGGUGCAGAAGGUGGGCGCCCUGCAGGAGUACAAGGGCCACGCCGACAGCUUCAUCUGCUCCAUGGUUCCCGGAACCCCCACCGACCAGACGCAGUACACCAAGGGCGGCCUCCUCUUCAAGCUCAGCGACAGCAACAUGCAGUACGUCACCUCCAGCUCCUUCCUCCUGCUCACCUACGCCAAGUACCUCGCCUUCUCCAAGAAGACCGUCUCCUGCGGCGGCGCCACCAUCACGCCGCAGCGCCUCCGUGCCAUUGCCAGGCGCCAGGUUGACUACUUGCUUGGGACCAACCCGAUGGGCCUGUCGUACAUGGUGGGGUACGGACCCAAGUACCCGAAGAAGCUCCACCACCGGGCCUCCUCCCUCCCCUCCGUCGCGGCGCACCCGGGCAAGAUCGGCUGCUCGCAGGGGUUCACCGGCCUCUACUCCGGCGCGGCCAACCCCAACGUGCACGUCGGUGCCGUCGUCGGCGGGCCCAACCAGAACGACCAGUUCCCCGACCAGCGCAACGACUACGAGCACUCCGAGCCGGCCACCUACAUCAACGCGCCGCUCGUAGGAGCGCUCGCCUACCUCGCCCACUCCUCCGGCCAGCUCUAG